ACUACAAAUACAGAGCCACCCAACGCUGCGACGUACUCGCAGAUCCACAAACCCCACGACACCAAUCUGAUCGUCGGCAAAGCAAAAAUAUAACAAUGGCCUCCAUCGGCGGUGAAGAAGAAGCGGCGGCGGCGGUGCGCGUGAUCGGCGGGUGGGCGAGCCACUACGCUAUCCGCGUGUACGUGGCGCUGAAGCUCAAGGGCGUGGAGUACGAGUUCCUGCAGGAGGUGGUCGGCAACAAGAGCGAGCUGUUGCUCCAGUCCAACCCGGUGCACAAGAAGAUCCCCGUGCUUCUCCACCACGGCAAGCCCGUCGCCGAGUCCAUGAUCAUACUCCAGUACAUCGACGAAGUUUGGGCGUCCAAUAACGGUCGUCCAGCCAUCCUUUCCCCCGACCCCUAUGAACGGGCUGUUCAGCGGUUUUGGGCACAGUACGUAGACGACAAGAUUGCUCCUGCAUCCGUGGUCUUCAGAGGAGUGACUGCCGGAGACAAAGACGAAGCAGCAGCGCAGGUGUCUGAAGCCCUGCAGCAUUUGGAGGAGGCUUUCGUCAAGUGCAGCCGAGGGAAGAGCUAUUUCGGCGGCGACAGCCUGGGCUUCCUUGACAUCGUUCUCGGGUCACACCUGGGUUGGCUCAAGGCAGUGGAGCAGAUCGCGGGCGUCAAGGUCCUCGUCGAAUCCAAGUUCCCCGAACUGACAGCAUGGGCGCAACGAUUCUAUGCUCACCACGCUGUGAGAGACGUCAUGCCCGAAACGGACAGGCUCGUGCAGUUCAACACGUACCUCAUUGGUGUCUUGAAGGCUAAAGCUUCCCAGAAGUGAGGGAAAUGGAUUACCAUUAUUGUAUAUCCAAUAAUUUUCUAGUGCUUUGCAGAAGUAUUUUUUUUAUUACGCUUUUAAAAAAAUUAAUAAAUGAAUUAUACAGACCCCAUGUUAUCUAUGACCGGCUUGCUUGAAAACGAAGUUAAUUACUAUCAACCAUCGUACCUUUGGUGGAAACGGACUCUCUGUCAGGACACGUUGUAAUCUUAGGGCUUUUGUGAUUGUGACUAAAUGAAGUCUUCCAUCUGUG